GAAAAUAGCAAAAUGAAGUUCAAUCCAAGGCCAUAUUGAAGGUUAUUUAUGAGAAAAUCUGUUCGUAAGUUUAACCAAAGCUAGAUAUGCAAAAAUAGAGCAUUACACAAUAGUUUGCUUCAGUUACAACUAUGUAAAAUUUGAAGCGAAUCAACGCCGAACAGUUUUUGAUGUAGAUAUCAAGCCUUACUCAUAACCAUUUUAUUAAAAUUUGCCGCAAAAACGCUGUAGCAAUUUUCAAUCCUUAAUUUAUACGAUGUAAAAACGUUCUAUAUGAAUAUUUAACUUAACAUAACCUAGGAGUUUGUUUUGAUAGCAUUAUCAGUAGCCUUUCGACAAUUUUUGUAUAUACUUUCCAACGAGAUAGCUGUCAAUAGUUGUUUGAUAAUCGAAAUUAAGCCUGGAACUUUGAGUUGCAUUUUAUUAUCGCCCAGUUCAACAAGCCAAAACUCUUAAGACAACAUAAAACUAGUUUUUUUUAAUUUCCAGUGUAGUUGAAUUUCAGUUGAGAUUUGAGAAUGCAGGCUUAACCCGCCCUUUUCUUUACUUAUUUCAUGAUUAUUAAAAAUAAUUCUUAAUUUUAUUCAUCUUACAUCAACUUUAAAGCAGUUAUAAAAAGCUAUGUGAAAUGCACAUUUUUCAGAUGUUCUCAAAGUAUUUAAAAAUGGAGCACGUCUCUUAGCUUAAAGUCGAAAACUUGAGCUGUGAAAGUCCUAUUGAACUAAAUCUAAGCUGCAAAAUCUAAGUUAUCAGCAAACCACUGAAUUUUGGCCUUUCUUGCAUUUCUUUCUAGGCUUUUAUUUACAAAUCAAAGUUUUCUGAUUUAUCUUGUUCUCAAAGUAAAUUAAAAUCCUGCAGAGCAACUCUUGUAUGUCAUUCUUUUUAUAAAAAUGUCUUGUAGUUUCAAAAUGAUUGGUCUAAAAAUUCUAUUGCAUUUAUGCAGGUGGAAAACGUUUUUAGAACAUUUUGAAGGACUACCAACUGUUAAAUAUUAGUAAAUAUGGCAGCUUCUACAACACAGUUUGUAAAAUCAUGCUACACGCUCAAAUAGUUUAAUUGUCAAAAUUACAAUACAAAGUCAUGUUUUUAAAUAAAAAGGUAAGCAGAUGUUCCUGCCAAAUGUUCAAAAAUCUACGAAAAGCACUCGUUGGCAAGGAAACAUAUUGUUUGAAGAGUUCUUUUUCCAAGCAAAUAUUUGGAGCAGAAUUCUGCAAUAUUUUUACAUUUUUAAAUGAUUUUGUCUGCAGCCAUCUUACAGAGUCUUAUUUAGCAAAGCGGCAGGAAUCUAGAAGGUGGCUGGGAGGGAGCAAUCAUCCAUGGUAUAAGACGUGAUGCUAUUCUUAUUAACUUCAUAUUGUAGUUUUCUCUGAUCUGCACAUGGUACUUUCCAAAUAGCGAGUGCUCUGCGGGUAGCAAACAAAACAAUGUUUCUGAGGUAUUUGAUUUGAUCAGGCAAGCUGCAGCUACUCGACAUUUGCGUUGUUAUUACAUCAAUCAGAGUUUAUGUUGGAAAUUGUCUGAUUGAUUUAGAAAACCAAAAAAGCUAUCGACUACGAAUAGAAACCAGGAUAGACAUAAGCUGAGUUUAUAUGCCUUUACUCUUUUAGGCACAACUGCAAAGAGAACUGAAAAGUGGAAAUCAAGCAAAGUACAGCACUCAAACAAAGAUGCAUUUGCCUGUAAGUCCGUUGCCUUUGCACAUAGCCAUGAUCUGCAUUUGUUGGAAAUGGUUCCAUGCUGCCCAAAUAGUGACAACUGGCACGUAUUUUAAAGACAUUUCAACAAAAAGCAACGGAUCUAGCAGUUCACUCAGCAAAGAGACUGAUUUUACAAUACAAGAAGAAAUGUUUCGAUGCAGCAGAGAUAAUGAAUGCAAGAAUCUCGGCAGGAAGAUAGGCACUGGAAAAUUAUCUGAUGUUGACGAGGUUGUGAGUCUUUCACAGUACGAUCAAAUACUGGAAAAGGAAGAAACAGGUUUUCAAAGCUGCAACGAACUGAAGAAAUGGGGAAUCAACUCGAGUAUGAAGGUGGAUUUGUCGCUGAAGAAUGGAUCUUCCUUCUUGGGUCACUGUAACAUGAUCAGCGACAACGGAGGUUGGCUGGUGUUCCAGAGACGAGUGGAUGCAACUGAUUUUUAUCGCAAUUGGACGGAUUACGUUAACGGUUUCGGGGAUGUUGAUGGGAGCUUUUGGAUUGGCUUGAAAUAUCUACACUGGAUGACUCAGAGUGCAGAUAACAUGAUUCUCCGCGUCGAAGUGAGAAAUAUUAACGGAAUCAGUGGAUUUGCAAAGUAUUCUAAUUUAAAAAUUGGCAGCGAGGAUGAGAAAUACAAGAUAACAUUCGGUGCAUAUGAAGGUAACAUUGGUGAUUCUUUGAGAAGAAGCUAUGGGGCAGCAUUCUCCACGCCAGAUCAGGAUAAUGAUAACUGGAGUGAUCGGCACUGUGCUGAGAGAUUUCGCGGCCCUUGGUGGUCAAACGAGUGCUUUAAUGCGAACCUUAAUAAUGAUCAUCAAGACAAAGUCCCUUAUGUGAGUACCCCUGAGGCCGAGGGUGCGUCACGAAUGUCAUGGCUAUCGAUGGAUGGCAAGUUUGGUACCAUCAAAUAUUCUGAAAUGAUGAUCAAGCGAAGGUCUUGAUAAAUUUAAAAUUCAAGAUCGACGAUUUAAAUCAACACCGACAGUUCAAUUAUUUGGAUUCGAAAAUAUUUUGCAUUUUCUAUUUCUACGUCUUACACAACACAAGACAAUAUGGUAGUACUUUAGCAAGUUGGAUGAUCCUGAAGAAAAUUUCUAUCCAUUAAUUAAAAAGGAAGCAUUUUUCAUAAGGAUUUAUAAGGCGCAUAUAAAGCUUCAAAUUGAAAGACUUUCGCAAUUAUCUUACUGUCCCUCUUGCUUUUACAAGAACCAGAUUCAAGCUUCAAAAAGGGAUACUUCAAUAGUGAGAUAAGGGUAGACGUUUUCAUACACAUUCUCAUUACCUUUUGUAUUCAUGGACCAAAGCCAUGCAUUUGUUUUUCUCUUUAACUAUUGACAUAACGUGGACCAGUCAGGAGCAGGAAAAGAGAGGAAUGUUGCCCGAAGGCCGUUUGGUUCAACUCUUGCCUGGAGUUUGGACCUUCUUAUGUUGUACGCAAUCUCGUGUACCAUGCUACUAGAAUUUGAAACCUUUUUAAUAUUUGGCUUUUUCCUGCCUUUUCGGCUAGCCUUGAUGUUUCGUAUACAAUCAAUUGAAAAUACCGAGGCCUCCAUAAGAGACCCUCCAUAAAUUUCGUCGCGUAGCGAAUUCCUGCUGUCUAUUUGAAAUGCAUAUGCGAACUGUAAUUAAUAUUUCAUAAUCCAUCUGAAUGCCAUAAUACAGAAACCGCUAAUAGCUGAAAUCGACUGAACUUUAUUCAGAUGAGAAAUAUAAACAGAUGCUUAGAAAUAUUUGACCGAUGUUAUUUUAUUGCUAAAAUGGCCUGACGGGGUUGUAUACGAAAUAUCAUUGACGUGUCAUAAGACAGCAGGGGAACAAACUAAUUGCAUUGCCCUAAACAGAUUAAUAUAUAUCAGACCUGUUAAUAUUCAAGCAAAUUCAAAAUUCAAGUGAAUUUACUUACCAAAAGUCUUACUUGUGUCCUGUGCCUCGCCAUGUUACGUGUAAUAGGAUUUUUAUCAGCUCCUUGAUCUGCUAAGUGAUCACAAUCCCCCAAUGGCCUUUGCUGCGAAAUUUUGGUCUCCAAGGACACAGUGGUAUUCACGUCGCUUUGAAAACACGGUUCGAUUUUCAAGCGCGAGUUCCUGAAAACAAAACUCUUUUUCUUUUGCUUACGGUGAACAGAAUCACCAAAUAGUUUCUAGAGUGGAGCAGGAGUCAAUCGAGAUCUCUCGAUUACAUUUAGCGGGGAAUCACUAUCAGGUAUAUUAGAAAAUAAACCAGCCGAAGUUCAAACCUUAAGAACACGCGCGGAAAUAUUAAGCUAUUGCCAGAAGACGCUUUUCAUACGGCGUAGGAAAACAAGGACAGAAAGGUCUGGAACAUUUUAGCGAAUUUAAGGCUCCAAUCGGACUGUACCGAUUUGUCCCGAUACACAAACUCACAAUGUUCACAAUCCUGAUAAAACAACUUAAUUCCAACUCUCUUCUUCGACGAUUUUUACCCACCCGGUUCUUACCCCAAACGAGGCUAAACCAAAAUGUUCAACAAAUUAACUAGUAUAGAA